CUUCUUUCUCUCCUCUUGCUUUCCUAUAUAUUUCCGAGCUGGAAAUAAAGGCUCGUUGUUUUGCCCUGCCACAUCGACUGAUUUCCUUGUCACCGCGGCCGGCCUAUGGCCGGUAGAACGUAACAGUGGCGACGAGAAUUCUACAGCAUCAAGAAGGCCAGCAUAUGCCCACAAGCGACGGCCUGCAGAACGAACCCACCAGCCAUGGCACACCAGCUGCCGGAAUUCGAAGACGCAAAAGAUAAGUGGCAGGCGUACUUGGUAAAGGUGGAGGCUUACUUUAAAGCUAAUGAUGUGAAGGACGAUGCUAAGAAGAGGGCCCUGCUGUUAGCCGCGCUUGGAACAAAGACAAUUGAAAUCUUGAACGGGAAAGUAGCGCCGCAGAAACCUAAUGCUCUGACCUACGCGGAAGUUGUGCAGACGUUAAACAGCUACUACGACCCAGUGCCGAAUGAAAUUUCUGAAAGCUUCAAAUUCUUCCAUCGCUGCCAGCAAGAAGGGGAGUCUGUGCAUGCAUUUAUUGUGGCAAUUCGACAGAUGGCCCAGAAUUGCAACUUUUCGACGAUGCUGGACAGAAUGAUAAGGGACCGUAUUGUGUGUGGAGUCAGGUCCAAGAAUUUGCAAAAGCAGCUGCUAGCAAAGAAAGACCUUAAUCUUCAAGAAGCCGAGGCCCUUGCCCUGGCCGCAGAAAGCGCCGAACGCGAUUCGCAAGGUAUUACUUCGGACAAAGAGCAAGCGAGUUUGCUUAAGCUGAGUGCUCAAUAUGAGUCGCGCGCGAAGACGGCGGGCGUACAACAAUGCAAUUGUUGUGGGAAGCAUGGUCACAGAACCGAUGCUUGUCGCCUAAUCAAGCGCAGAUGCUUCAAAUGUACACGGCGCGGGCAUUUAGCCAGAAUGUGCGCGGUGAACGACAAAACAAGCAGAAUGCUAGCAGUGACAGCACAGACGACAGAAACGGAAGACAGUGAUAACAGUGCGUCGCAAAUUUGGUCGUUGACCACUAAGCGCUCGCUCAUACCCCCCAUAAGAAAGGAAUUCGCGUGGAACGGCAUUCAAGUAACGAUGGUCAUCGAUACGGGCUCGCCUGUUUGCGUCAUUCCUAAGAGCAUCUACGAGAUGUACUGUCAUCAGUGGCCGCAGCUACAGAAGUCAGAACUACAGCUUUCAUGCUAUCUGGGAAGACUUCCGCUUCUCGGCGCAAUAACAAUGCCGGUUUCCUACGAAGGUACAACAGUGCAAUGUACUUUGACUGUUUUAGACUGCGAUGGGCCCAGUCUUUGCGGUCGGGAUCUGCUGAAAAAAUUAACAGACGAACGUAUCCAGGUUCUCAACGUGUAUCCGCAGCCUUCAAGGUCAAGCCAAGCCCAGGAGGUCAUUCCGAAGCUGCUCCAGAAAAACGCUGACCUUUUCAAUGAGGGCACUGGUCUCAUGAAAGGUCCGCCGGCCCGACUGCAUAUCAAGACCGGAUCAACCCCCAAGUUUUUCAAGGAACCACGAAUUGCCGAAGAAUCCAGGUGCUGAGUCUGCGAGUUGGUACUUCGCUCCUGGAGAUGCCGUCUAUGUGCGCAACUACGGUGUUGGAGACAAGUGGACGCCAGGCAAAGUGAAAUCGACGAGUGGGGCACGUCUCGUCACCGUAGCUACGGAAGACGGCGUCGUUCGACGUCAUGUCGACCAGGUGCGAAAACGUUCAUCCGACACAGGUGCAAGCCGAGAAACAUCGACUCCAGAAGAACCGCCACCCGAGGGACAGCACCGAACGACCCAGGAUGCCCCGAAAUGCGAAGCGGAUGACCUUUCCGAAAGCCCUGUCCCCGAGUUACGUCGGUCCACAAGAAUCAGAAAGCCCGUGGAACGCUACGGCUACUAGGGGGAAGGAAUGCUGCAGAUAACAAGUCCGGCCAAAGGACGCCCCUCGGCGCAUGCGUCAUUGUAAAACUUUCCUUCUUUCACUCCUCUUCCUUUCCUAUAUAUUUCCGAGCUGGAAAUAAAGGCUCGUUGUUUU